AGGAAACACUACGUACUACGUGUAUAUGAAUAAUCAUUUGAUACUUCUUUCAUCCUGCAGCAAACAUUCUGGAUGUGACAUGCAUCAACUUCAGCCCCAUCUACGAUACCAGCUCCUCAGCAUCCUACGCCGCCAUCUUGAAUGGGGCUGACGUCACAAGCAUGGUGUCCUUCCAGAGGUCGAUAUACUUGGAUACGGGGGACAGGCAGUCAACCUGGUGUUCGCUGGAUGAUGGUGCUGCAGCAUGCGGGUUGCCUCCAGGAUCGACGAUUGACGUAUCGGGAAGAGUUACUUUCCAAAAUACAGAUCAAGAUAAAUUUGGUGUAUACGGAUGCCGAGCGGAGAGAUACAACUGGACGACUGAGACGUCCACUAUAUUCAUCAGAAAUGAUGCUCAUUUCACUCCUGAUUACUUCACGGUGACAGUAAGUCGCGAUGAAGAGGUUCGUCUGGUAAUGAAUCCUGGAUUAUCUAGUGGAACUGGUUCACUCGUGUGGAUAUUAAAUCACGAAGAUGGUGGCCAAACUGACCUGUCCUCUAGUGUUUCUGGGGAUGCUCUCUACAUCAGUAGGGCUAAGAAAGCGGACCAUGCUGGUGUUCACCAUUACUACUAUUCUGACGAUCCAGAUAAAGGAGGACUAGUGAAGCUUAUCGUUAGAGCUUGUCUUGAUAACCUAUGGGGACCUGUCUGCCAGUACACAUGUCCUACAUGCUACAACGGAGGAGUCUGUGAUGAUGUGAGUGGACGCUGUGUGUGUCCACCUGGCUUCAGUGGUGACCACUGCCAAAUUGCAUGUGAAGCUGGUAAGUUUGGACAGGGAUGUUCUGGAUCUUGCACUAACCUUGAAUCUGGUCGGACUGACUGCAGUGAAGCUGUGUUCUGUCUCCCGGAUCCGUAUGGAUGUUCGUGUGCUGCAGGAUGGACUGGGUUACAAUGUGACCAAGCAUGUCCUGCUGGUUCGUACGGCGCAGGAUGCACUCAGACAUGUCACUGCGUCUCUACAGGAUCAUGCGACCUUCGUACGGGGGCCUGUUCUAGUGGGUGCGAAGAUGGUUGGAUUGGAGAUCAAUGCCAAGUGACUAUUUUGGACAUCACAGCUAUGUUAAGAGGAGGUGUCUAUGAUGCAACGGCUACCAAUAAUUUCCUCGGUAUAUUCAUGAUUGGGGAUAGUACUGUAACCGGAGAUCUUUCCUUGAUGUAUUACAUCGGACGAGAAGUCGACACGGGACCAGGAGAGACUGGUCACGGAGCUUACUUUAAGGUUGAUGGCGGAGUGAAAACACAAGAAUGGGGAGACACAGGGCUGCCUCCAGGAACACAGUUUAUUAAAUAUAACACCAUGCAGCAGAACUCAUUCAGAGCUAAUAUUAAUAAAACGAGUGGCGGAGAUGCACGUGUCGGUGCAUACCAAAUGUCCGUCGAUUACAAGGGAUGGACCGAGCGAAAUCUCUUGCUGAACGAGCAUCGUGGUGAUUCUAAUUCUGAGGUUUGGCCUGAGAAAUUAUCAAUUACGGUAGGGAUUGGUGAGACCAUCACUCUCGACGUGUCAACGCAACAGUCUGUAGUCACUUCAUCUUUGAGAUGGCGACUCAACGGAGGAAGUGAAAACCCCGAAUGGAAUGGACUGACAUCAGUUACCAUCAAUGACGUCAGGAAGUCUGAUGAAGGAAUUUACGAGUGCUACGUCGAGGGUAACAGAGAGUCAGGAAAACAUGCUAUUCUUAAACUCAUCGUAAGAAGUUGCCCAUCUUCCAAGUACGGCCUUGAUUGCUCCCAGAACUGUCCCGUGUGUUACGCUGGUGGGGUAUGUCAUGACGUCACGGGAGAAUGUGUAUGUCGAUCAGGAUUCCAAGGAGUUAAUUGUGAAACACCCUGCGGGGACAAUCACUGGGGGAAAUCCUGUACUGCGGUUUGCUCUAGUAAUAACCCCGGCUGCUCAAACCGGUUAUUUUCACCACCAAAUCCCGUCGGGAUGGCUUGUAUCAACGGAUUUGGAGGAAACAGGUGUCAAACAGAGUGCUCCGGCGAGAACUUUGGUGCUAAUUGUGAACUGGACUGUAAUUGUGCUGAUGCGUGCGAUCGUGAGACUGGAUGUGGAGUAGGCACAUGUACAGCCGACUACGAGGGUACCUACUGUCAAGCCUUGAGAUCGAACCUCCCUUGUCCAUCCGGGUAUUUUGGUACCCUGUGUAGUUAUCCAUGUCAUUGUGCUGGUGGUGUGGACUGUCAACGAACCAAUGGUCAUUGUCCAAAUGGAGUCACGUGUUCUGAGGGAUGGGCAGGAUCAGACUGUCAACAAGCGCUUCCACGACUGCUUGAAUCACCUUGGGUGUCGGACGUCACCAAAGAUUCGGUCCUGCUCAUUUGGAAUACCUGGACAGAUGGCUAUGAUUAUGGCAAUGGCCCUGUCCACUCCUAUCAGUUGGACUACUCGUGGACGGAUGAUAAAGACAACACUGGUGAAUCCGAAGUACCGUUUAUUAUCAUUGGAGAUAGUACUGCUGAAAUCACAGGGCUUUCCGGUUUCAGAGACUACGAUUUCUACGUCAGUGUUAGAAGAGAGGUCGAGGGUCAGGUUGUUGCCGGUAGAAGAAGUGGUCCAAUCAGUGUCAAACCAUACUGUCAGGCUCCGCAACCAGUGGAUAGUGCCGACGUCACUUCAGAUUCGUACAACCACCUGGAGAUCACGUGGUCAGAGCCAUUCAGCCAAUGCGGUGCUCCGAGCUACAACGUAUCACGUAGGCUCGUCCUCAUUGACCAAUGCGACGAUUCUAUGGCGGAUACGGUAACGUGGGAGGUAACAGGCGAUACAAGCAUCGAGUAUGACGAUCUGUUGCCCUACUCUACCUACGAAUUUACAGUUAUGGCGACUCUGGAAGGCUUUGAUGCGGAAACAGUCUAUGUGGUCGCAUACAACUCCACUGAGUCAAAUUCAACUGGGCCACCUGAAUACUUCACAGUGGAUAGCACCGUGAAGGGAAAAUUGGAGUAUACCUGGAGCAGUCCUCCAUGCGGAGACCGGAACGGAGCCUUACGUUACGACUACGAAUUCGGUGAAGCGGGAGGGGAUGAUGUGCAGAGGGGAACCCUUAUAAUGACAAGUAAAUCCUUUGAGGAUUUAAAACAUUACAUGAUGUACGAGUUUACUGUCUGUCCGAGGACAGUCGUUGGACCGGGUCCCUGUAUCUUCAAUCAGACCAGAACACUACCAAGUGAGCCCACUGGCCUUCUCAAUCUCGAUAGUGAUGUGGAUUCAACGAACCAGACAUAUACCAUCAUCGCCUGGGAGAAACCGGAAUUAAUCAACGGUUUAUUUUUUAGAUAUGAUAUCCAGAAAGAUAAUGAUAACAUCAUCAUGAUAGUGGAGGAGGAAGAAAGAAUAUAUUCGUUCUCGGAUUUAGAGCCGAACAAAGAGUAUACCAUACAGGUACGUGCUGUUAGCAACGGAGGGAACGGUGCUUGGGAUUCGGUCGAUGUCACAACACUCCCAAUACCAGAACCCAAGGCGUCAGAAGUACCGGUUACCACGGCAAAGAAUGAUACAUCAAUCUCCAUCGAGUGGCCUCUCGUGGAUGAUACAGAUCUAGGAAUGUACAGGAUAACACACUAUACAGUCAGUUAUUCAAGUGGCACAGCGGAUGGAGAUACUAUUGACGUCACUUAUAUAACAUCACCUAUGGUAUGCACUAUAGCGCCGUUAGAACCGGGAACGGAGUACUACAUCAAGGUUCGCGCUGUCAAUGAAGGAGGACCUGGAGGGUGGUCUGAAAGUUUGACUGAAUCUACCUACCAAACAUGUACUACUGGUCCUGACCAUUGUCUUGUUCCGGGAGUGCAAAUAGGUCUGAUUGUAGUUGUUGUAGUCUUGUUGCUGUAUGCCGUUGCUGUUACUUUCUUGCUUAUUCAGCUCAGACGUAAAUUACAAGCCAUGACUGAAGAGACCAGACCAGAUCCUUACAUGGACCUAAAACCCAGAUCCGAGGCAGACACCACAUACCAGGAAAUUGCUAUCACCUCAACGGCUUCGUACCCCAAAACAGGAGAACAAAGUCUACAAUCAUCAAACCUGGAUUAUGAAAACCAGAACGUUGCGCAGUUAACAAACAAAAUAAAAGAGGUUGCUGAUUAUGAAACUGUACUUACCCCAAAUUAAGACAAUUGGAAGUUUCAAAGAGCACACAUUUGCUUGUCAGCAUUUUUCCGUCUUUUGAUUUUCAUUUACAAUGAACAACAUCAAUGGAUUAAUUCGGUUAUUUUGUUUCGAAAGCAAUUAUACAAAAUGUCACAUAAUGUGUUGAUUAAAUAAUACUAAACAUGGGCUAAAAAAAAGGAUAACUUUUACACAUAUAAUUUAGAAAAUUAAUGAAGAAUAUAGCUAGCUAUUGUAUUGAAAAGAUGCAUGUCUACUCCUAGUACUGUGAAUGUACUGCUUUGAUUAAUAAAAUGUUGUUGACCAUGCGGACCUUUAACUAGUUACACACAUUCAGACGUCAUUGUAUACAUAUAUCGCAAUACAUUUUCCUACAUGUAGUAGUAAUGUGUUUGUGUUUGUAUAUGUGUGUGUGUGCGUGUGUGUAUGUUUGUGGGGAAAACUUCCGGGGGGUUAUUGGAUAAUUGUCAUUUUCCUAGGGGCGGGGUAGUUGUCGGAGGUAAAUUUUCAUACGGUUGAUGUCCGGGGGUAGGUGUCAAGUUGUAAUUGUCCUUGUAGAUAGACCUUUUACGACCAUAAUCAUGUAUGGAACAUAAUGGUCUUAUACUGUGAAUAUGGAUUAUGUUAAACCGGGAGCUUAAAACCUACAUUUUAUUUAUCGAUCAUCUAGAAUAUAUCAUUUAUAUACAUCACCCCGUAUCUUAAUCAUUAACUCUUUGAGGCGAUUGUUUGAACACAUUGUUGCUUUUAAUAAAGGCAUGCAAACAUUUUUUGAUCAAUCAUGUAUCAUUUAUGUAAAUAACCAUAUUACUAUUUAAUCCUUGAACCGAUGAGUGGCAUAUUAAUACAACAAAUACUACAACUAGCACCAAAUUGAGAUUAAUUACUAAUAAAAAGGAAUUUGAAAUUUGGUUAAAUAUUUUCAUUAUGUCAUAAUAGUAAUUAAAAAAACAGUCAACGUACAUCAAUUUUAUAUUAUAAUUCUGUAUGUUAUGUAUAUUUAAACCUGUUAUGAUAUUUUAAUGUAUGUUUAUAUGAUAUAUUUCAAACAUGAGUUGUGUUUAAUUCUGCCUUCAACAUUGAGCAUAAACGCACCCUUAGUUACCAUUAAUGUAUUUUUCGUGUAAAUACACUUCCUCAUUCCAGUUGCACUGUUCAAUACGUGACUUAUCUUGCUAAAUAUACACAUCUGUACUAUUGUUAAUCUUUCAA